UCCCAAACCCCGCCUUACUACGCGUCUACCGAGAGCGCGCGGCGAGAGGCUCACGACGACCCCGGGAUCCGCAAUUGAUCAAAAUACCGAUCCAGGACCUUCGGGUGCGCGAAGUCGUCCAUCUCGUGGAUGAUACACUCCCCUAUAGACUUGGAAGACACGAUUUUCGCACCGUUGACCGUCACUCCCCCAUCCUCUUUACCUCCGAUGCCCAUGAACCCACCCACCACCGACCGCCCGACGUCGAUCCGCCCGCCCGCCGUCACGACGCCCGACGACUCGUACAGGUCGUCCUUGGACACGGGGUCGCUGAUCACGUGGUACGCGCCGAUCUGUUCGACGACCUCGCCGUUCCGCGGGUCCUUCAGUUGCGAGCGCCGCUUGUCUUCUAGCUUGUUGAAGGCGGCCUCGUUCGGGGCCAGCACCGUAUAUCCAGAACCGUCCCGCAGGCCCCGCCACAGCUCCUCGUUCUGGAACACUAGAGCGGCGAACGACGGGAACUCGUCGUUGAGGCAGGCCUCGACCUCCGCCGUGUUGUACAGGCGCGUGGCUGGCCUCUGGGGUCGCUGCGUCAGGCGUGGGGGCUGCAGGGCGCUCGUGAACGCGGCAAGGAGCAGAGCGCGCAUGGUGCUGGCUCUGUGGAGCACGGCUGCGCCUUGUGUUGUACAGGAGAGUUGUCGGCUGUGUCCAAUGGACUUCUAUCCCGCUGCCGUAGCCCAGAUCGACCGCUGGCGGUAGCCUAGGACUCAGAGCUUUGGCCGAUCAUAGCUAG